CCUCAUUCACUUCAGGUUCUUACGAGCAGAAAAAUGACCGCCGGAGUGGAGCGCUUAUUUGACGAACUUGGACACUUUAAAAGGUUUCAGGCGUGUGUCUACUUUGCUGCUAUUUUCCAGGCCAUCUCCUGUGGAAUACAUUACCUUGCCUCAGUUUUCUUAGUUGAAACACCUACAUUUCUUUGCGACGCUCCUCCAAAUAUUACAGAUGUCCUGUAUAAAAAUCACUCAGCAACAUCAUUGGAGGGCAUCUGGACUCACUACAAGCCGGGCAAUGGACCGGUGGUUGUACGGACAGCUCUUGGAGACCAGUGGGAACUUAGUCCUUGUUUCAAAGCACUGCGGCUUGAUGCCAUCCAUUUUCAAUACGAGUUCUUUGGGAACAAGACUGUGGCGUCAUGCGCUGGCUUUGUCUAUGAUCAUAGUGAAGUCCAGCAGAGCAUCGUGACAGAGUGGGACCUGGUGUGUGAAAGGGAAUGGCUGGCCAAACUUACGCAGCCAACUUUUAUGUUGGGAGUUCUGGUUGGUGCGCUGAUAUUUGGAGACAUUGCUGAUAGAAUUGGCAGACGACCUAUUCUGAUAGCCACCAGCUUGUGCCAGUUUACAUUUGGCAUCAUUGUUGCAUUCACAGGAAACUACUACCUUUUUGUAGUGAUGCGUUUUCUACUUGCCAUGGUGUCCAGCGGGUAUCUGGUGGUAGUCUUUGUUUAUGUGACAGAGUUCACAGGAAUUAAGGUGCGCACAUGGACCUCUAUGCAUGUGCACGCAGCCUUUGCUGUGGGUAUCAUGGUAGUGGCUCUAGUGGGUUACCUUGUGCGUGUCUGGUGGAUCUACCAGAUCAUCCUCACUCUCAGUACCUCGCCGUUCUUGCUCUACUGCUGGAAGUUUCCCGAAACCCCAUUCUACCUAAUGGCUAAAGGCCGGUACAAGGAGACCCAGGAGCUGCUGGACAAGAUUGCCUCUUUUAAUGGCUUGCCACCUACACUUAAGGUUUCAGAUCUAAUAGAGGAAUGUGAUGGAGCGCUGCUGACAGAUAAGAAGCAGGCGGAUGGGACCGCAGUGGAAGUAGAGAAAAAGCUAAGCAUCCUGGACAUGUUUGGAAGCUUGAAAAUGGCCGGUCGCAGCGCCACUUGCUGGGCUAUUUGGUUCAUUGGAAGCUUGGGAUACUAUGUCUUUAGCCUGGGCUCUGUUAACUUGGGAGGCGACCAGUAUAUCAACCUCUUCCUGGCUGGUGCUGUUGAGGUUCCGUCUUACCUGAUUGGCUGCUUUGCAAUGGAUCGAGUGGGCAGGAAGAAGACAUGUGCCCCAGCUCUGGUGCUCAGCGGAGUUGCCUGCAUGCUUAUUAUCAUGGUGCCCCAGGAUAUUGAGGUCUUGGCUAUAGUAUUGAGUAUGACAGGGAAAUUUGCCAUUGCUAUUGCGUUUGGACUGGUUUACUUGUACACCUGUGAGCUUUAUCCCACAAUCAUCAGGUCUCUGGCAGUAGGAAGUGGUAGCAUGAUGUGCCGGGUAGGAAGCGUGCUGGCUCCUUUCUGCGUUUAUUUGGCUGACGUCUGGAUCUACCUGCCCCAGCUCAUUGUUGGAAUACUGGCUUUCAUCAUCGGGAUCCUGACCAUGUUCCUUCCAGAGACCCUAGGACAGCCCCUCACCUCCACUUUGGAAGAGGCCGAGGCUCUGGGAUCCAAGCCCAGCAAGGAGAAUGCAGCAGUGGAUGGUGUAGAAAUCAGCAAAGCUUGAAUCAGUGCUUUAUAGAAGUCUGGAAUAGGGAGGUCAUAAUCUCUUUGCCUAUGCUUUGAUUUCAUGGAAUCCUUCUGGUUCUAGGAAUAAAACUUGAGACGAUGUUUUUAAAAGAGUGCUACUUAAAAAAUGUGGACCAUGCUUCUGUUGACUGAUGUCAACACAUGCUGUAUGCUUUUAAUAUACUCCGCUGCAGGAUGAAGAAAAAUAAGUGUUUUUUUAAACAAAAACCUUUAGUUUAGGAGCUGGUGUUACCUUGAUUGUUUUAGAAAUUAAUAAUAGCAAUGGGGACCAUCAUUUAGUGAUGACUACCUAUAUAUUUGAUUGAUAACUACUAUAUACUACAUCUUUACUCUAACUAAUUGACUGUAUUUGCUGGGCCACAUGUGAUGAGUUUCUUUGCAUAAUUCAUUGAAAGACAAAUCUUAUCUGCCUGCAGCUGUUUUUUAUACAAUUGCAUCUCAGGGUUCAGACCAAGACUUAUCUGUGUUGUUUAUUGUAAACUGGGACUGUGCUACAUAAACCUUAAGAACACAAGUAAUGUGUAUUCUGGGCACCUUUGUGCUAUUACUGUAUGUUAUUUAAAGUUAUUUUUACUCCCAAUUGUCUUUACUCUUUUUUGCAUGUACAGUAUCAAUGAAGUGUGAGUUGCAAGGUUUGGUUGUAUGUAAUGUGGUUGUAUUUUAUGUAAUACAUAAUGUUAUGUGACAGACUUUACAAUCAAUACGUUUACAAACACUUUCCUAUGUUUUGGACCAAAGAGGGGAUGUUAGUAUUUUAGCCCGGGGUGGAGGGAUGGGGAGUAGCUCAUCUCCUAAUCUCAGUAUGAGAUCUUGUGGUUCAGAGGAAAGUUUUCUUUGUCUUAAGUGUAAGAGUUCAAAUUUAGCUCACUUUACAUUUU